AUGGUUGCUACACCCCUGGUCGCCCGUCAACUUGUUCUUUCUGAUGCUGAGCUUGAGAAGAGAAUGAAGUUUGAGACAUGUGACAUAGUCAAUGUUAAAGAGAAGGAAGGUGGAAUUCUGCUCGUUAGGAGUGCAAACGGAGCCAGAGCAUUUCUUUACCCUGUUGUCGAGGAACAUGAUUUGAUUGGAUUUGAGCUUCUCUCCAUCUUUCAUCCUACUAAUGAUGUGAUCAACUCGGUUAUUCUCGUGCGCAAGCCUGUCUUCUGA